UUGGGUAAGAGACUCAGGAGGGGAGAUACUAUGCAUGGAGAGAGAGAUGCUGUUGCCGGGGAACAGCAGCCACAUAGAGGACCACUGGAAACAGCAGCAGGUUUAUCUAACGGACUAAAGGGACACAGAGACUGGUGCCAUUUUCCCCCGAGUUGCUGAAGGGAUUUAAAGAACAAAAAAAAAAAGCUGCUUCCAUUAGGGGAUCUGGAUGCAGACGAGACUCAAAGAAGGGUCUGAUUUUGUGGUUGUCCAAUCAGAGGCUUAGAAAAGGGGGGUAGAUAGAGUGAGAUCAUGAUGCCAAGGCAGAUGUAGUCUCAUUUAAGGAAUUUUGUGUCUUGGUGGUGUGGAUGUAUAGGAGCUGAGAGGCAGUCUGUCAGCUCGCUCUUCACGGCCAGUCUUUCUCCAACAAAGGUGGCCAGAGGCAGAGGACAGGAGGGGGGGGAGUCCAGCACAGAGGUGCCCCCUGUCUUUAGACACCUGCUGCUGGCUAGUGGCUGACAUCGAGGACACUGUAUGACUGUGUCUGUGCAUGAGUGUAUGUGCAUGUGAAUUAGCCAAAGACAGAGGGGGCAAGGGGAGAUUUCAGCCCGACCCAUGCUCCUCUGUUGGUGUGUGGGGAGGCGAUCGGGACUUUCUUCCUCCGAAUCUGUGCAUCAGUGGCUGAGGAGGAGGGAGGACUCGCAUUCAAACCACCGAGAGGUUUUUCAGGGGAUCUUGCACCGUUCAUGCCCCUGCUCUCCUCUCUGAGGGAUGGGCACCACAGAGGCAACUCUACGAAUGGAGAACAUGGAAGUGAAAGAUGAGUGGCAGGACGAAGACUUCCCCAGACCACUACCAGAGUACGGAGACAUGGAUUCAUCUUGUGGUCUCACAGACGACAGAGGCUCUCCCCCUAACUCCCUGAAUGUGAGCCCACCUGGAGGAGGCGGCGGCGGGGUGUCCUCCUCUCACCGUAAACGCCGAACGUUGCUCGCCCCCGAGAUGAACCUCUCCCUGGAUCACAGUGAGGGUUCCCUGCUGUCAGACGACUUCCUGGACACACCAGAUGACCUGGACAUUAAUGUUGAUGACAUCGAUACUCCGGAUGAGACGGACUCGCUGGAGUUCAUCACCAACGGCAACGAAUUAGAGUGGGAAGAUGACACACCGGUGGCCUCAGCCAAAGCAGGUCCCAGUGACGGUUCAGGAGGAGUGGAUGAAGACGGGAAUACCAACAACGGACGCCUCUGGAGAUCAGUGAUCAUCGGAGAACAGGAGCAUCGUAUUGACAUGCAGGUCAUCAGACCUUACCUCCGGGUCAUCACUCAUGGAGGUUAUUAUGGAGAAGGUCUCAACGCCAUCAUCGUGUUCUCUGCCUGUUACCUGCCUGACAGCAGCUGUCCAGACUAUCACUACAUCAUGGAAAACCUCUUCCUGUAUGUGGUGAGCAGUCUGGAGAUGCUUGUGGCUGAAGAUUACCUGAUCAUUUACAUGAACGGAGCCACUCCUCGGGGGAAGAUGCCCGGGAUCAGCUGGCUCAAGAAAUGUUACCAGAUGAUUGACAGAAGACUGAGGAAGAACCUGAAGUCUCUGGUCAUCGCUCAUCCCACGUGGUUCAUACGCACUGUCCUGGCCAUAUCUAGGCCUUUUAUCAGUGUGAAGUUCAUGAAUAAGAUCCAGUAUGUCCACAGUCUGGACGAACUGGCAGAGAUUGUCCCCAUGGACCACGUCCACGUCCCAGAAUGUGUGGUGCAGUUUGACGACGAGAGGAUUAAAGCCCGAAGGGAAAGGAUGGAGCAGGAGCAGAGACAGCAGGAGCAUCCGUCACUCCCACAUGAGACGAUGAAAAAGUCUGCAAGGCCAAAGUCAGUGAUUGUAGAUCAAGGGUAAUGAGAACGGCAAAGCUUUGCAGGGUGUGACAGAAGUGUGGAGCAUGAAACCUUUGAUUUAUACCAAUAAGAAGCAGACGACGAGUCUACAUGUGCUUCCUUGUUCUAUAUUAUCCAGCUAAAGAUUUGUGCCAUCGAUCUCCAAUCAAAACUUUGAUUGCUCCAUCCCUAUUCCAACUGUCUCUUUCUUCCUCCUGUAGUGGUUUAGAUAUCACAAACUUGAAAAUGUGCAGAAGAAGAUGCAGCUCUGUUGGCCUUAACUACUUUGGAAGAACUGUUUCUUAAUGGAAGCUGUUGCUGAGUUCAUCAGUUCAGCACCUCGCCGAGUGGCGUGACUUUAUGAGAGGCUCAUAUUGAAAUGUUGAGUCAUCGUGAGGCUCUAUAAGGCCAGAACAUGGACAGAAAUUCUUACUCUACAAUAUAACACAUAAUUAACUAAAACAGUACAAAGAAAGACAACAGAUUUUUUGCAACAUCGGGUGAAAUACUUCGGUUAUAUAGUUUUUCUAUUAUUAUUCUGCAGCUUGUUAAUAACAGAUCAAAAAUUAACUGCAUUACCUACAAAAAUGAAAAUGUGUUCGUUCAAUGCAACAUUUUCACUUGACAAGAGGGAUGUGUGCAUAAACUGUGACAUGACAAGACCACAGCUGUUUAACAGAAAACGUCACUGAGCUUGAGUCUGUGUGAGAUAACCAGACGACUGUGUAGUAUAAUGUAUAUAUAAUAAUGAUGGUGUUUGAGUUGAUCAGAGGCCUUCAUCUUUAUUUUUAGCUGCUGUUUCCUGGGUGGAAUGUUCUGUUAUGCUGUACUGACAUUUUGAAAAUGUUCAAAUGUACUAACAUUCACUGACAUAGAGAUCAUUUGCUAUUGUUCUUCUGCUCUGUCAUAGUUUUCCUCUGUGCCCUUCCAUCUGUGCUCUGCCUUGUGUCAUGACGUGCCUCAGUUCUCUGUGUGUUAGCAGAAGAAGCAGAGCCUCCAUUUGCUGAGAAACAACUACAGACAAAUUUGCUCAGUACAUUGUACAAACAUGUUCUUACCACUGACCAUAUGAGAUAAUAGGUGGCCUCUAAAUGGAAGGUCACAACUAAGGCAUUUUCAUUUUCAGUACAGAUGGAUGACGUUAAUGUAGCUUACACCGAGUCUUACUUUGUCAUUUAUAUUUCUCUGUUUGCAUGUUUAAUACAUGAUGGAAUCAACUUUUUCUGGGGAUCUUUUCCUCGUCUUAUUGUAGCAGGAGAGCAGGGGAGUGAGAAAUGUUUAUUUUUGUAAAGAACUGCAUACUUGCAUUGCCUGUAUACUGUUGAUAUGGUUUAGCUGGAAACGGGUUGUCACAUAAGUAUAGACUGUGAUAGAUUUGUGUUUAGGAGGUGAUGAUUCCUCUUAAAUUGUAUUUUGUGUUGCUGUGACAGAGCAUGACUGAUGUCAUGCAGUUUUAUAGCUGUUAGUAGACGGCAUGGACAUGCUUAUGCAUCUUUGGUUAAAAAAAAAUAAAUAGGACUCAUGAAAUGUUUGUUUCUAAAUUGCCAUCUCAGCUGUUAUGCUCCACUUGUUAUGUUGCCUUUUUUGUUGCGGGAAUGUUCGACAAAAGGUUCAACUUUUCAAUUCUUUUCACUCCUUUUUGGGUGUUUUGACGACAGUAAACCAAACCUGAGCAGCUGCAUUUGAUAUUUGUCAUCCUUGAUGGAGCAGUCACAACACAGCAACCAUAUGGCUUUUCAUAUAAGGAAGGUUGUUCUGUUUGUGCUACUUUUGGGGCUGAACUGAGUGCCUAUUUUUGAACCAAAUGUUUAAAAGUAAUCCAGAAUAAGUGAAGGAAUGUAAAAUGUAGCAUUUCAAUUUUUUUGUGAUUAGGAUUCAUAGGUUCUCUCUGUGAAGUUACACCUGGUUAGCAUAUAAAUAGCGGUUAUUACCUCCGUUUCUGACUAUAAAAGCACAAUAUCUAGACUAUUACAAACUCUUUAUUUGCUCUAACAAGUUUGCUCAGAUUAAAUUAGAAUAGGAUAAAUGAUCCAUCAUUCUGAAGUUGUCUCUAGGUUGCCAUGAUUGUUUCUUCUAUGUAAAUAUAAGUGAAUAAAUUGUUCCUCCAAAAUUUC